GUGGGGUGUUACUAUCAGCUGUAGGAAUUGAUCCAAAUAAUAGUAACUUCCCAAUUGCUAUUGUCAUUGUGAAUAAUGAGUCAUGUGAGACAUGGGGCUGGUUUUUGAGUUUGUUGAAAUUAGAUUUGAAUAUUGAAAAGGAUGAUGAAUGGGCAUUCAUGUCUAACAAGCAAAAAGGGUUGAUCCAAGCAUUCAAUGAAGUAUUCCCAAGGGCUAACCAUAGGUUUUGUCUUAGGCACUUGCAUGGGAAUUUUAAAAUGGCUGGGUUUAGAGGUGAAGCAUUUAAAAAUGCAUUAUAGAAAUGUGGCACAGCUACAACAGUGAAUGAAUUCAGGGAAAAAAUGGCAGAAAUGAGGGAUAUUGAUCCAAGCGCUGCUGAUUGGUUCAAUGACAAGCCCCCAAUGCAUUGGAGUAGAUCACACUUCACAACCAACUCUAUAUGUGACUUUUUAUUGAAUAAUUGUUGUGAAUCUUUUAACAACAGUAUUUUUGAUGCAAGGGAGAAGUUCAUAUUGUCAAUGCUUGAAUGGCUUGUUGAAUACUUCAUGACGAGAAUGCAAGUUAACAGGGACAGGGCCGAAGAAAAGUGGGAAGGAUUGUUUUGUCCUCGAAUAAGAAAACUAAUCGAGAAGAAUUUGACAAAGACUGGGGAUUGCAUACCAAUUAAAGCAGAUAACUUUCAUUACCAAGUUUCAUGCUAUGAUGGCAGUAAGUACAGUGUAGACCUAAAAGAAUGGGCAUGUGGUUGUAGGAAAUGGGAUUUGAGUGGAAUUCCAUGCAACCAUGCUUUAUCUGCUAUUUUAGCUCAACGAUUGGAUUAUUUCGAUUACGUGCAUAAAUGCUAUAAUUUAGCCACAUACAAACAAGUCUAUUCUCCUAUAGUGAUGCCACUAAAUGGUAGGAGUGAAUGGCAACCAACAGGAGUUAUUCCAGUACUUCCACCAAACUUUGGGAGACCCGUGGGAAGGCCCAAACGAGCAAGAAGAAUGGAAAGAGACAAAGCUGAAACGAUAAAGACAAAACGAAAAAACAAAAUAAAGACAGUAAAAAAUGAUCACGAAAUGAGGAGGCAACAACGAACAGUGACAUGUAGCAUUUGUGGUGUUAAGGGUCACAAUAAAAAAGGUUGUACUCAAACUGAACCAGUAAGGCCAGUGGAAUCCGAACAAAUCGAACAGUCACAAGAACAUCCUUUAAGUCAGUUGACUGAAGAGCUCAUAGGUCAACCACCAUCAAAGUUACAGGUGAGGAGGAAUACCAGGUUUGAUGUCCAUACCAUUGGAGAAAAUGAUUUAAAGAAGACAAAUAUCUAUCAUGACAAUAGUAGUGCGAAAGACAGCAAUAUGUCUCAACCAAUGGCUCAACAAACUACACCAAUGCCCCCAUGGAGGUCUAUGGCUCCCUUAUCCAUGUAUGAGCAAUUUAAACAAUGUCAAAUUCCCUCAAAUAUGGCCAAUGUAAGGGCACCUACACCAUUUUUUGGAAGAACCUACAUACAAAGUGUUGAACCAUGCAAGUCAAUUGUACAAGGAGGGCAGAAAUUCAUGAUAAUGUCCAGCAUAAAUACUUUGGUAUCUGAAAAUGAAUGUGAAUUGGAAGCUAAAAUGAAGAAAAGAAAGGAUCCUCAUAAGUGAAGGCGAAUGAAGUGUGAACUUUUUG